AUGGGGCGCGGGCAGAGGUCGCAUGCUUGCGGCUUUUCUCCUGCGCGGCGCUGCCUGCUGUUCGUAGCCUGUGCGUUACUAGCAGCCAGCAUCACGCUUCUUAUCCUGUACUCGCUGCCUGACGUGGCUGUGGAAGUAGACGGGGGUAAGGAGGUUUGGGUCACGGCGUCGUCGGACCAGCCAGUGACAGAUGAGGAACUGUUCGCUUGCACUCGCAGAUGGCUGCAGACAGACGGUGUUCAGGCCAACACCGUCAUCCCGUUCGUGAUUGUGCCGCUGACACUGGAGUGGGAGGACUUCCGCUUGUUCAUGUGCCGCGUGCACGCGCGCGCGCGCUACCUCUACAUCCUGCAGAAUGGCGCAGUGGAGGAGAUGACUGCGCUUCUGACGAAGCUGCGCGCCGCGGUGCCGUCGGAGCGGCUCAUCGUCGAGUACCGACCGCAGAACAUCGGCUACGCUGCGGCUGUCAACGAAGGGUACCGAGUGGCCCUGCAGAAGCCGCAUGUCGAGGUCCCCUUUAUCGGCGUGUUCAACUGCGACGUGUACUUUGAGCGCCGGUAUUUUGACCGGUACAUACCCGCUGUGUACAAAAUGCUGGCCCCCGACGUGGCCCGCAUUCGCGCGCUGGAGGAAGUGGUGGAAAAGGAGGAGAGGGCGGCGCGCGCGGCAGGGCGGCGGACACUGCGGGCCGGUGUGGCAACCACACCCGGUCUCUCCAUCUCCAUGCUCCUGCCGGACCGGAUUAGGUACAGCUCCUUAGCAGAGCAGCAGGACGAGUUCAAGGGGCAUGUAGGCAUGUUUUACUACGAGACCAAGUCCAUGUGCGCCUUUCUGGUGUCGCGCCUGGCGCUGCUGGCCGGCGGCUUCCUCGAUGAAAACUUCUACCCCGCCUACUUUGAGGACUACGACUGGCAGUUCCGCCUGGGGAGCCUUGGCUUCAAGAUGUUUACGGGCGCCUCGGCGCAGUUUGGCGGCUUCUUUCACAGAAUGGGUGGCAACAUCCGCGCCAUCAACAAGGGCCCCGCCAGCAAGUCUAUGAGCUACGAAAUGGCGGCGAUACGGGUGGAGCGUAUGCUUAACGCCAAGCCGGGCAUCGACUACGGGGAGACGAAGUGGGCGUGGCAUCGCGAGGCGCUUGUGGCAAUGAGCGCGACGCCCUUCCCGCAGCUAGGGUUCACUGUUCCGUUGGAUGUGUGGGUGCUGGAUGCGGCGCGGCAUCAACUGAUCAUCGACAUCGGCACGGGGCGUCAGCCAUCCGUGGAGAUGUCGAACACGUACAACGUCUCUCUCCUUUCGAGUCUGCGGCCUUUUGCACUGGCGGACGGCAAGGACUACUAG